AUGAAGGUCACGUAUGUGGCUGCUGGUGUGGAGAGGGGAAAACAAGUGGUGCUGGUGUCGUCCUCUGGUAGCGGCUCCGGCCCAUCCGAACCGGGCGUUGUGGCUCGGUCUACUGACGUCAUGCACACUUCCAUUAGGUCUUUUGCUGAGACAGACUUCAUAUCUUAUCUCAGACUGGGCGAGCUUUGUCUUGCUGAUCUCCACCAAUUGUGUUCUGAGGAGGAGGACGUUGUUCCAGACGACGACAUUGAGGGUGGCGUGUGA